AUGCCUUUCAGCAAAUUAGUUAAGAAUGACGCCUACUUCUCGCGCUACCAGGUGAAGUACAAGCGCCGACGACAGGGCAAGACCGAUUACUAUGCCCGCAAGCGGUUGGUCACCCAAGCCAAGAACAAGUACAAUGCGCCUAAGUACCGCCUGGUCGUCCGCUUCACCAACCGCGACAUCAUCGCCCAGAUCGUCAGCUCCGAGAUUGGCGGUGACAAGGUCUUCAUGGCUGCCUAUGCCCAUGAGCUGAAGCCCUAUGGCAUCACUCACGGUCUCACCAACUGGGCCGCCGCCUACGCUACCGGUCUUCUCCUCGCCCGCCGCACACUCAAGAAGCUGGAACUGGAUGAGGCAUUCACUGGUGUCGAGGAGGCCGAUGGCGAGUUCUCCCUCACCGAGGCUGCUGAGGUCGACGGCGAGGAGCGCCGGCCGUUCAAGGUCUUCCUCGAUGUCGGUCUCGUCCGCACCUCCACCGGUGCCCGCGUCUUCGGUGCCAUGAAGGGUGCCUCCGACGGCGGCCUCUUCGUCCCGCACUCCGAGAACCGCUUCCCCGGCUACGACAUCGAGACCAAGGAACUUGAUGCCGAGACUCUCCGCAAGUACAUCUUCGGUGGCCACGUCGCUGAGUACAUGGAGACGCUGGCGGACGACGACGAGGAGCGCUACAAGUCGCAGUUCAACGGCUACAUCGAGGACGACAUCGAGGCUGAUGGAUUGGAGGAGCUCUACGAGAACGCGCACAAGCAGAUCCGCGAGGACCCCUGGAAGAAGGAGCCCAGCGACGCGCCCAAGAAGUCCAAGGAUGAGUGGAAGGCCGAGUCGAAGAAGCACAGGCAGCAGAAGCUCAGCAAGGAGGAGAAGCUGAAGCGCGUCCAGGAGAAGAUCCUGGAGCUCAAGGCUUAGGCGGGUUCAUUUGCCGUCUCUCCUCAUACCUUGGUCAUGACAAAAGCAAGAUAUACGGCGUCUUGG